GUGACGUGUCCUGCAUGGAUUGGCAGCGUUUAGCUGUAUAAAAUCUGCUGCCUGAAAGACCAGCCUCUCACAUUGGAGUUCGAAGCUUCUUCUCCAGUAGGGAGGCUAUCAAGAACACCAUCACAAACUAAAAGGUGGCAGGCUGACACGGACAAGAAUCCUCCCACAGGACGGACUUCCUGGCUACUGACCAUUUAGCUGUGGCAUACCCGGACAUUCGUAGGUGGGAAUUCGACCAUGAGCUCUGUAGCACUUUUGACGCAAGAAAGCUUUGCUGAACAUCGCAGUGGCCUUCUGCAGCAGCAAGUCCAAGCUGUAACUAUAAGCUCUGAAGAUGAAGUAGAAGAUAUACCAACCUACAAGGAAGCCUUCCCUCCUCUUCCAGAGAAAGCUACUGUGCCUGAGGCAGGUCAAGAACUGGCUGGGACAUGGGGCAAGAUCAGGCCAAUCAAAUCUUCCCUUGUGACACAGGUCUUCCACGUGCCCCUGGAAGAAAGGAAGUACAAAGAUUUAAACCAGUUUGGGGAAGGGGAGCAGGCCAAAAUAUGCUUGGAUAUCAUGCAGAAGACUGGAGCCCAUCUGGAACUGUCUAUGGCAAAAGACCAGGGCCUUUCCAUCAUGGUGUCUGGCAAGCUGGAAGCUGUUAUGAAGGCUCGAAAGGAAAUUGUUGCUCGGUUGCAAACACAGGCCUCUGCUACAGUGACCAUCCCAAAGGAACACCAUCGCUUCGUGAUUGGCAAGAGUGGCGAGAAGCUACAGGAGCUAGAGCUUAAGACUGCCACAAAGAUCCAGAUUCCCCGACCUGAUGAUGCUAGCAACCAGAUCAAGAUCACUGGCACAAAAGAGGGCAUUGAAAAGGCACGGCACGAGAUUCUGCUCAUAUCUGCUGAACAGGAUAAACGUGCAGUGGAACGAGUAAAUGUGGAUAAGGUAUUCCACCCCUUCAUUGCUGGUCCCUUCAACAAGUUGGCAACUGAAAUGAUGCAGGAAACGGGCACACGUAUAAAUAUUCCACCACCCAGCGUUAACAAGACUGAGAUUGUCAUCACUGGUGAAAAGGAGCAGGUGGCGCAGGCUGUUGCUCGUAUUAAAAAGAUCUAUGAAGAAAAGAAAAAGAAGACCACAACAAUUGCAGUAGAAGUGAAGAAGUCUCAGCACAAGUAUGUCAUCGGUCCCAAGGGUAAUUCCCUACAGGAAAUCUUGGAGCGAACCGGAGUAUCAGUCGAAAUCCCACCCCCCGACAGCAGCUCUGAAACUGUUAUUCUGCGUGGUGAACCUGAGAAACUGGGUCAAGCUUUGACAGAAGUGUAUGCUAAAGCCAAUAGCUUCAAAGUUUCCUCAGUCUUUGCCCCGGCAUGGUUACACCGUUUCAUCAUUGGCAAGAAAGGACAGAACUUGGCCAAAAUUACUCAGCAGAUGCCAAAGGUUCACAUUGAGUUCACUGAGGGAGAAGACUGCAUCACUUUGGAAGGUCCAACGGGUGAAGUAGAGGAAGCACAAGCUCAGAUGGAGUCAAUGGUGAAUGACUUGAUCAGCCGCAUGGACUUUGCUGAGAUAACUGUUGACCCCAAACUACAUCGUCACCUCAUAGGAAAGAAUGGAGCCAACAUUAACCGGAUCAAAGAACAGUAUAAGGUAUCUGUACGGAUUCCACCAGACAAUGAAAAGAGUAACCUUAUCCGUAUAGAAGGAGAUCCACAGGGGGUCCAGGAGGCCAAGAAAGAACUGCUAGAGCUGGCGUCGCGGAUGGAAAAUGAACGCACUAAGGAUAUGAUAAUUGACCACAAAUUCCACCGAACAAUCAUAGGGCAGAAAGGUGAGAAGAUAAAAGAGAUUCGGGAUAAAUUUCCAGAGGUCAUAAUCAACUUUCCAGAUCCAAUGCAGAAGAGUGAUAUUGUUCAGCUGCGAGGCCCCAAGAAUGAGGUUGAGAAAUGUCACAAGUUUAUGACAAAGAUGGUGGCAGAUUUGAUCCGUGAGGAAACCAACACAAAGAUUGACCUGCCUGCAGAGAAUAGCAACUCUGAGACCAUUGUCAUCACUGGAAAGAUGGCCAACUGUGAGACAGCUCGUAAUCGGAUCCUAGCUAUAGAGAAAGAGCUGGCCAACAUCACAGAGGUUGAAGUCUCCAUUCCAGCCAAGUUGCACAAUUCUUUGAUUGGCUCCAAGGGUCGCUUUGUACGCUCACUCAUGGAAGAAUGUGGAGGUGUACACAUCCAUUUCCCUACCGAAGGCUCUGGAAGUGACACUGUUACCAUCAGGGGACCAGCAGAAGAUGUUGAGAAGGCAAAGAAACAGCUGAUACAGGUUGCUGAAGAGAAGCAAAUCAAGAAUUAUACUGUGGAGCUCCGAGCCAAGCCUGAAUACCAUAAGUUUUUGAUUGGCAAGGGGGGUGGCAAUAUACGUAAAGUUAGAGAUAACACUGGCGCACGUAUCAUUUUCCCUAUAUCUGAAGAUAAGGACCAGGAAGUCAUCACCAUUGUGGGAACAGAAGCAGCUGUCAAAGAGGCUCAAAAAGAACUCGAGGCAGUAAUCAAGAAUCUGGAAAAUGUUGUGGAGGAUGCCUUGAGUGUGGACCCAAAGCAUCACCGCUAUUUCGUUGCACGACGUGGACAAGUUUUGAGAGAGAUUGCUGAAGAGUAUGGUGGUGUCAUGGUCAGCUUCCCUCGUACUGGCAUGCAGAGUGAUAGAGUGACCCUCAAAGGUGCAAAAGAUUGUGUAGAAGCAGCAAAGAAACGCAUGCUUGAGAUCAUCGAGGAUUUGGAUGCCCAGGUGACAAUUGAGUGUGUGAUUUCGCAGAGGUUCCAUCGGUCUAUUAUGGGACCAAAAGGUUCACGAAUCCAGCAGAUUACUAGGGACCACAGUGUGCAGAUAAAAUUCCCAGAGAGGGAAGAGCUCCCAGGUGAGAGCAUCUCAACUAGUAGGCUUUCUGUGUUAAAUAGAAAUGAUGGUUUACACAAUGUGGAUAGAAAUGCUUUAAAGAAAAAAAGCACUUACAACUCUCCAGUAGUUUGUCUACUUUUGGAAAAAGUUAUGAACUUGAUUUUAGGGCGUUGUGUAGGGACAGAAAUGUUGAUUUUGUUGACAAUCUCACUCAAGAUGAAAGGUGGUUGUUUGAAUUUUGUCAUGGUGGAUGUUAUGGUGAACUUCAUGGACCAAUUCUCCGCAACAGUUUUGUGUACUUUGAAGGCACUAGUUCCUGUUACUGUAGAGGUGGAAGUGCCUUACGAUAUGCAUCGUUACAUCAUUGGACAGAAGGGAAUUGGAAUCCGCAAGAUGAUGGAUGAAUAUGAGGUGAAUAUCCAGGUACCUGCACCUGAGCUACAGUCCAACGUGAUCAGCAUCACAGGUUUGGCUAACAAUGUGGAAAGAGCAAAGGAUGGACUUCAUGAGAGGGUGCAAGAGCUGUUUGCUGAGCAGGAAGAUAGGGCUUUGCGGAAUUUCAAACUUACAAUUUCAGUGGAACCCAGGCACCACCCAAAGAUCAUUGGCCGGAAGGGUGCAGUAAUAACACAGAUCCGGACAGAGCAUGAGGUCAACAUUCAGUUUCCUGACAAGAAUAGUGAAAACCCGGAUCAGAUCAUUAUUACGGGUUAUGAGAGAAAUGCUUUGGCAGCACGUGAUGCCAUAAUGAAGAUUGUUGGUGAACUAGAAGAAAUGAUUUCUGAGGAUAUUAGUUUGGACCAGAGAGUACAUGCUAGAGUCAUUGGAGCACGAGGCAAAGCUAUACGUAAGAUCAUGGAUGAGUACAAAGUUGAUAUCCGCUUUCCUCAGAAUGGUGCUCCAGAUCCCAACUGCGUCACUGUGACUGGCCUCCCAGAAAACGUGGAUGAAGCCAUUGACCACCUCCUAAAUUUGGAGGAGGAAUAUAUGUCUGAUGUUGUGGAAAAUGAGACUCUUCAGUCCUUUAUGAAGCCCAGGGAACAGGAUGAAGUCAGGGCAUCUGCUCCAUCAAGAGGCUUUGUGGUGAGGGAUGCACCAUGGACUGCGACCACUGCUGAAAAGGCUCCAGAUAUGAGCAGCUCUGAGGAUUUUCCGAGUUUUGGUGCUACAGUGGUUCAGAAGGUCGUUUCCCCUUGGGGACCCAAACGCUUCUGAUCAAACAGUCGAACAUCACCAGGCUGCUGACCUCUGAUCUAUGAAAUUUACAUGUUUGUAUCCUGUUCUACUGUGCAGCCAGUUGUAUUGAAUUCACCUAGGAAUUUAGUUCCUGUGUCAUAACACUUGACCUCUUCAAGAGCCCAUGUCUAUUUUCUUUACCCAAAAUUGUAAUUCCACUUUGUAAGCCAGAACCUUUGAACACUUUUCCACUGCCAGCAGCUUUCCAGCCUAAAAUCUAGCUUGGGUUCCAAGCUCUUAUGACCCUCAACCAAAGAUGCAAUGAGUGAAAGUGAUCAGUAUUUGGUAUAUAGAGCAGAUCCUGUAAUAAAUGAGGUCACCAUGGCAGUGCUGCAAAAUUUGGUCCUCCACUGCCUAUGGGGGAACACCUCACCCUUUCCUCUUAAUUUAUUGGGGCUAAUUUUUGAGAUAGCAUCACACUGUUUGUGCAAUACUGUGCAACUGGGAGCGGAGGACUUUUAUUGGUGGGGUUGCAGGGCUUCAAAUUAAGGCAGAAGAGAUGUCUAAGGAGCAGGCAGUGCUGCAAUUCCUCAUUGAUUAAGUGGAAGACUGGAGGAAUGCACUUCAGUUCUGCAAGUGAUAUUAGUUUUAGCUUUUAUUGUUUCUCUUUACUACCUCAUGUCCAUCAUAAUGGGUCUUGUUCUUUACACCCUGCUUUUUGGAUUUUCCACAUCCUUUAUCGUUUUGCUUCCUGGGAUUUUAAGGAACUCCAGCCUACCUUCCUGAGAAGUGCCAUGUUUGUGACUUGCUGCUUUCACCUAGGGUGUCAAGUCUGAGAAGUUAUGACCUAACCAGCAUUUCCUUGGGGUGGUAGUAGCAAUGUUUUUGAAAAUGAUGCAUUUUCUUCUCAUACUCUCCACCAAGUAUGGUAGUAUGUUAUAUGUACAUGUCAUUUUCAGCAAUUUUUGCCAUCUGACUGGAUGGUGUUGCUGCCCAGCGUGCAAUUUCACGCAUACUUUUCCUGAAUAAGAAUGUGAAGCAUUAGAAUAUAUGUAAGUGUAUAGCUGUGAGCACCUAGUCUCUUGAUAAGGAUGUUUCAUCCCUUAACAUACCUUCCUGUCCCAGGGUUCCUUGAGCAUGGGUGUAAGCUUAAUUUAAUGAAGAACCAAUGGAAUAGAUCUCGUUUGCCAGAGUACUACAAUUGCAGGCCCCCAGAGCAUGACUUCUACUUCUGGAAGUAAGACCUUGUUUCUGAUUGUCCUUUAUGCAACAACUUUGUAACUUAAUGCCUUUAAAGUAUCUGAAUGCACAGAAACCCCUGCCAACUUGGAGGUCAUCAAGUCAUUGUUUAUGUACUUUUCACGUAUUUAUGCAUUUAGUAGGUGAACUUGGAUUUCAUUUGUUUAAACCCCAAACUCAUUUUGACUGAAGUGUAAAAAAAAAAAAAAAAAAAAAAAGAUUUGUUUGUUGAACAAAAUUAGUUUGUUCGGGUUAUCUGAGGCCCCUCAGGCUUUUUGCCAGAGUUUUAUAUUUAUUGUGGAAUUCAGCUGUCAGGUUUUUUUUUUGUUUUGUUUUAGCUAGGUUGCAUUCAACUAUGUGCAAAUGUGUUUAUAGGUAAAAGCCAUCCUUGGUCAACCUAGAACUCCUUUGAGAUAGUCUGGUAUUCUGUCUUUGCUUUCUGGGUAUUCUGUCUUUGCUUUCUUAUGUGAAGAAGUUUACACAUGGCAUUGUGCAUUAUGGUGGCUUCACCUUUUCCAUAUGCAUGGCUUGUAAACUCAGCCAGACCACUGUACCGUAUUGUCUGGAAGAUUUCAAAAAUUCAGCAUUGAAAGCUCUAGCGGACAGUGUCAGUUUUCACAAAUUGUUCCCAUUUGAUUACUUAUUUGAAAUUGCUAGAUGAAAGAUGCUUUUGACACUUAGAGGGAAAGUACAAGGAAAAGGAAUUUCUCUUCUCUUUCUAGUUUUUUGUUUCUUUUGCGUGCUGUUUUUGAGUACUCGCUGUGUGCAGCAAUUGAGCCUUGCCCCCCCCCCCUCCCCAUUGGUAAAUUUUUUGAUCUGCUCCAUUUCCUAGCAUCUGAGGAUAUAGAGAUUGAAAGCUGAGUAGCCCCUGCAGUAAUUUUACUGGGAAGCUAAUAUUUUUUUAAAUCCUCCUACAGGCCAGCCUGUUUCCUGUUGGCCAGCAAGCUGGUGCAGUGUCUUCUUUGACAAGGCCCCCAUAAAUGUAUUCUUCAGCCCACCUCUGAUGUUGUGCACACAGUGUCUAGCUGCUUGUGCUUUUGAGUCUGAGCUGUUCUGGUCCUUCAGUCACAGGGCAUUCCUGUAUCUGGACAACAUGAGUAUCCUACACCAGGGAUAAGUGAGAUUGUGUGGCUGCUGCAUCCACUCCUCCCCAGCUAACUUCUUUGCUGCCUGAGGCAGUGUCAGGGCAUGUGUCCUUAUUAACCCAAGAGCUAUCUUUCUCCUUGUAAUUUUAAAAUUUCUUCUGGCCAACCUCUCCUGUAGGUUUUUCUUGCAUAAAACCCAGUCAGUUAUGGCCUAGCUUAAUGGCUGUCUUAUGGUUGGUGUAUCAGUGCUGUUUUGGUCAGUUCACUGUAUUUGGUUUAAUGGAGUUUUUCAAAAAUACAUUACUUCCUUUUGGCCUGUUUUUCACGCCAUGAUGUCAGUAUGGUUGCUGGGUUAAAAGUGUUUUAGCCCUUUGCGUGUUCAUUGCGUUUUUCCAUAAAUCCGUCAUUCUUUCCAAUUUUCAACUGAUCAAUCAGCAGUGAUAUGCCAUGUGGUCAUGUCAUCAUGGCAAAUGAUUAUAAUGGAGCACUUGAACAGUUUGAGCUUAGUUUCCAUUGAAUUAUUUGGUGAUGGUUUUCCUUUCUUUGCAUUGGUUCUGCUUGAAUACUGUUGCCAGAGACGUAGGAGAAUUUGGUCAGUAGGGGUUUCUUCAUUGUUACUUGGUCAACCUUUCAGUAUCCUGUAAAUGUGGAGACUAUAUUAUGCUGGGCAUAUUGCUGUUCUAAUAUGCACACUGAAGUAUGCGUUGCAGUUGGUAGGUCUGCUAGUACACUUUCAUUUUGCAUCCAGAUGUGUCCUCAUUGACUAGUUUCACUUUUAUUGACUUCUGCAGAGAGAUAGUUUUAAUGUUCUUAUUCUCUGUAAAGUAGAAAGUCAGUGUGGACUAGACAGUCUUUUCUAAUUUAAUAGAUGAAGGCUCAGCUCCACUGAUGGAGGACUGUAGAAUGUUCUUCAAAGCAUUUCCUUGUUUUAACAAUGCUGGGAUGCCAGUGGAGAGAUGCCAAACCAGGUUGUAAUAGUCACUAGUGUAAUAGCUAAAAACAGUUUUUUUCCGUCCAUGUUAGUAAAUGGAGAGCAAUCAUCACUUGCAAUUAUUUUUCACCUCCAGAGUAUGAUCAUACCCUGGUAUGCAUUUCUGAACAGCUAUCCUGUUACCAAGUACUCAGAGCAACUUGAACCUUCUGAUGGAUAUGCACGUUACUCUGAAUGUGAGCAUCUAAAAUUGCACAGAAUUUCUCACUUUCUUUCCUAGAAAGCCAAGUGAUGUCAUGCUCGAUCUGGACAAUUGUGGUUCUUGAUUGACAUGAUUUACUCUACACACAGGUGUUUCUGCAUUUUGACAUUUCCUCCGGUUUAGAUGUGGCCUGGGCUGUCAAUUUUGGGCAUUGUGAGUUGCUUUAUCCAGCACUGUGUUUACUAUGACAAGUCUUGUUCCUUUUCCUCGCAUCUGUGGUGUUAGUGCAUUUUUAUGUAGAUGAUUGCUGGAUAGAACUGAUGCAAAGCAACCACUUCCGAAUGCAACUGUCUUUGAGAUGGUUUGUCAUUUGCCUUCCUGGGAUUGAUAAUUGAUGCAUUUUGGCUUGUACACUUUUUAUUCUGUCUGCCUGGUUUGUUGCAAGUCAGGCACAGCCCUUGAAUGUUUUGUUUAGCUGUACAGUAGCCAUUGUUCAGGUGUCAUCUCUUUGGCAAAACUUAACGCAAGAAUCUAAUUGGACAGUGGUUCUAGUGGAACCAUCACUCAGGGAAUCUAAAGGAAGGACUGUUGCUUACAGGUUAACUUCAUAAAGAAUGUGGCCUCACCUCUGAUCAGCUGUUAUGGUUUUGAUCACCAGCAAUCCAGCAGACACAGGAAAUGGAAGGGCCUAGCAUUCUCCGCAGUGAUGGAAGUGCUCACUUUGCCAUAGAUGGACAGGCAAUGGCCCUAAUGGCAAUGCUUUCAUUACUGGGGUGGCAAUGUGGGCACAAAACACUUGCAUCAUGGCCAGAAUGGCUGCCCCUCUAGUUAGCUCUCACUCAUGUAUUUGGUGAUGGCCAGUAUUAGGGAAUGAAAAGGCUCACGACACAUUGAGGCUUGAUGUGUGCAGGGAUGAAUCUAAAGAGUACAAAAAAAAAAUCACUGUAGCGUUCCAGCAGAAGUCUUAAAUCACUCCUGUCUUCAGGUUUGCUUUGAACUCAGCACAGGAAGUAGAGGUAUGGUAUUUAUUAGAGUGGCAGGACUAAUGUGUUGUCUAAGUCUAGGUGGCUGUUUGUUCCUCUAAGCUUGGAAAAUGUAGGGCCAUGACAGUACAGUUGGUUAGUGACUUACCUGUUGUAACUUGCUUUAAGUGAGAUCCUACAGGGAAAUAUCAGGGUGUGUUCCUCUAGUUAAAAGGAAGCAGUUUCUGUGCGUUAUGGUUCACAGGUUGCUGGAAGUCUAAUCCAGAUCGCACAGUUUAUGCACACUUUGCAAUCAAAAUGUGGCCUUCACACUGAGUUUUUUUUUUCUGGAUCAGCAUACUGUCUGGAAGGUGUGUUCUGUUUUCUCAUUCUGUGUAUACCCAUUAUGAAGGUUAAAGUGCUUUUAAGGGGUUUAUUACUGGCAUAUUUAUCUGCUUGCCCUAGUUUAUAUUUGUGCAGGGCUUAAUUUGUGUGUUGUACUUUGCAGACUGGCAUAGUUGUGUGUUAAAGGAUAGCUACAUACAGUGACACGUGCUGUACUUAGUUUGCAGGAAUAUUUACCAAGUAUGUUUUGAACUCCAUCUCUUUCCCAAUGAAAAUAAUCCUGUUUUCCUGGAUAUUUUUCUUUGAUCUCUACUCGGUGCUUUUUCUCUUUAGCCUUUUUAUAGGAGUUGACAAGGGGGGCCGCCUGUUCCUUGUAGAUUGGUAGUAAACCGCUUAACCAAGGUGCGUGUGCUGUAGUUUGUGUAAUAUGCCAUGUAAGCACUACUUGAUGUCUGAAUUAUUCAGCGUAUUACACCUUCUGACUGGGGAGCAUUCCUUAUCUUGCGGUGUGUAACAAGCAGUGACAGGACUUCAGAUCAUGGAUUGCCUUCUAGUACCUGUAAUAUUACAUUACUGGAGCCUAUGCACAUGAUAUGUCCAUGCCUAGAGGUUUGGCCCAAAAUAGAAAAAAGUUUAUAGUGGAUUAUUGGCCUGUAGAGUCAUUAUUUUUGUGAGCACAGAUUUUACUACAGCCAUUGGGCUGCAGAAGUUUGCAAUGUGUGUAGCCUGUAUGAAAGGUCUGCAUGAAGAAUUCCAGCAAAUUUAGCUUUUAAUUUGAAUAUUGUAGUGAAAGAAUACAUUGUUUCAGGAACAAUGUUUGUGUUUGAAGUGAAGAGAGGAAAUUUCUUUUUGUGACACUUCCUAAAUUUGGAGAUGAAAAAAUGUAGCAUUUUCUUUCUGGCUGAGUGGUGCUAUGUUGAUUAAUGGCACUAAAGAAACUAAGAGGACAGUUAGCCUAGUACUAAUCUAUGAAUAAAGGUGUUAGAACUCUGCCUAUUAUUGCCAUGUUUCAUUCAGUAUAGAAGUUUAGAAAGUAUUCAGAGGGAUGCAUCUCCUUUGGAGGUGAAACUUGGACCAUAUUGAGUAGGCAUCACCUGACAUGUAUAAGAAUUUUUACAGUGGGAUUAACCAGUAAGACUGACUGAAUAAUUGUCCUUCUGCCCCCCCCCCCCUGAGGGCCAUCACUGUUGCAGAGAUAUUUCUUUAGUCUUUAUUGCUUGACUAUACAUUUAAAAGUUCUUUCAGUUUCCUUAACCCUGCAAUACUUGUGUCUUGCAAUGGUGCCAGUUGAGCAGAAGCACUGCUCUCCCCUCCCUACCUGUAUCUUGACAUUGAAGCUCCAUAUUGUACAGAGGAUAGCAUUAUUUCCUUUCCAAAGCAUGGAGGGAUUUGAUUAUCCAUCUUGCAAAGAACAUAACCACUACUGCUGUUUCUAGAGAACGUCUUUGCUGUUUCUGUUCAUAUUUCUUAACCUGUAAGAUUUGUAGUUCUACUAGGCAGUUUCCCUUAAAGAAGGAAAAGCGACUUUAAGUGGGCACAAAUUGUUUUAACUUUGGUAGAUUUUAAGGCUGCCUUCCAUUGUGUUGUCAACCCUCCAUGAAGGUCUAGCGUGAUAUGGUCCAUUCAUAUUGACUUUCUUCCACCACUGUGUUCUAGCUUUCAGCUUUAGAGACUUGUAUGAAUUAUCUUUUGCUUUAUCUCCGGAAGAAAUCUCUGAUUAAACAAAUUGUAGUAGUAAAACAAAUAUUGGUUGUCCAGAUAACAUCGUUGGCAGUGAAACUUGUACUAGGCUUCAUUUAAUGCUAUUGUGAUACUCCCUGUCAGACUAAACCAGUAUGAAAAAUUAGUCUUUGUUUGAUUGCUCAAUCUCCAUUUGCAAACAGAGAAUCCGAGCACGUCAUUUAACAAGACAGUACUCCUAGGUUGCCCUUGCAGAGAAGCACUUAAUGGCCAGUAGGCUAAACUGGCUACCAUAUUAGUAAAAUAUGUAAAUGUGGAUGGCCCUAUUUUGGCAGGUUUCUGCAUUCUGUUUGUCCACAGGUGUUUGUAAUCUGUUUUAGCACUUAGAUUUUUUCCACUUUGUAGCUCAAGUAUCUUUGAUUAUAGUGAGUAAAGCAGCAGUUAUUCAUGGGUGUUCAGGAAGGUACUUUCUAAUACCCUAUUUGCCCAUAAGUUAAGGAAAAAUAAAACUGGCAUUAUGUUGUCCAGAAGGGUUACACACCUGCAGUGUGACAUUUUUUUGCAUAACUGACAAUGGUUGAGAUCUAAUUGCUGCUUAUGAAAGUACUCAACCCUUCUGCCCUUGAUAUAAUGGGGUGCAUUUGAUUGUUUUGAUAUUUCUUUGACUGGGGAAGAGAUGAGGUGAUACAGGACUGGGGGCUUAUUUAAAAAAAUUCUUUCCUUUUCAGUAUAAUACAACCAUCUUGGUCAUAUCUCACAUUUCAUUGUCAUGUUGUAUUCUGGGGUGGGAGUGAAUUUUUCAAACGAGCACACACAAAUCUUGUUCAUGCCCAGAGAUAUUUGGAAGAGCUUAAAUAUACACUACACCUUUCACAGUUUGUCACUUUUUGUUGCUGCUGGUUCUAGUCCACGAAUCAGUGCUCAGAAGUUUUCAGGAAUUACAGGCUUUUAUGUUCUUUUUAAUGUUUAUCCUACUCCAGCAGGUGGUAGAAACAGCUUUUCUCCUCCUGUAGAACACAAUUCUGUCUUGUGUGUCUGUCUUGUGCACAAUGAAGUGGUUUUUCUCCACCAGACCCUACACCCCACCUACAAGUGUAGAAUUUGGUAUGCUCAAGUCUGUGCCAUUUGUUUUGUUCCUAUUGAAGUCUUCCAUGUUACAAUGUUAAACAUGUUUGCCUGACUUUGACCUAGUGGCCUUAACUCGGAAUUAAAAAAAAAAAUAGUAAUAAUAUAAAAAAAAAAUAUUAUGCAAAUGUUUAAAGAUUGAAAUUUGGAUGACACUGGAAUUUUGUAAAUCCAAAAUAAAAAAUAAAGUAAAAAGUG